AUGGACCUCCAUAGAAAAAUUGAAAUUGGAUUGGGCUUCUACUAUUUUGGUCCAAAACAAUCAGAAGGUGACACUUGUCCUGUAAAGAGGGGGUGGUGGAGAGGGUGUAAGAUUCAUGCUUCCGUUAGGAAGACUCUGAUAUACCGAUUCCAAUCUUUGCUAAGUGAGGGUCAUGUAUAUCAGAUUUCGUUCUUUGGCGUUGGUGAAAGCGGUCGUGAUUUCCGACCAACCUCGCAUCCAUUCAAGAUCAACUUUGAUAUUCAUACAUAUGUGCGCUUGGUUCCCAACAAGGCCAUCAACUUAAGCCCGUACAAUUUUGUGCCAUUAUCUAAUAUAAUGUUCAAGGAUCUUGAUACGUCUUUUCUUAUAGAUGUGAUUGGAAUUCUCACUGGUGCAAGUGCUGAACAAGAAUUCGAAAAAGAUGAUGGGAAGCAGAAAAUAAUUACUAUUUUACAUCCGUUUUAA